CCCGCUUCACUCUGCCUCUCCUUCAAACACUCAUCAUCUUCAUCGCCCGUACACUUGUCGACCCGCUAAACAGUAGUUAUAAUGUCCGUCGUUGGCUACGAUUUUGGCUCCCUUGGAAGCAAGAUUGGUGUGGCGCGACGGAAAGGGAUCGAUAUCAUCACAAAUGAAGUGUCGAACCGUUUAACACCGUCUCUUGUUUCUUUUGGUCCCAAACAGAGAUGGCUCGGAGAACCCGCGAAGACCGCCGAAGUUUCUAACUACAAGAAUACUGUUGGUAACUUGAGACGCCUGAUCGGGCGCUCCGUGAACGAUCCAGAGGUGCAGAAUGUUGAAUCAAAAUUUGUAACUGCGAAGCUAGUUGAUGCGCAGGGAACAGUUGGUGUGCAGGUAAAUUACCUAGGAGAGCAGCAUGUCUUUUCUUCAAUACAACUUGUCGCUAUGUAUUUAGGCAAGUUGCGGGACACGGCGGCAAGAGAAUUGAAUUCUGCUGUGUCAGACGUCGUAAUAUCCGUUCCUGGAUGGUUCACCGAGGCGCAACGUCGCGCAACCAUAGACGCAGCACAAGUUGCGGGUCUCAACGUCCUUCGCUUGAUUAAUGAUACAACCGCCGCAGCAUUCGAAUAUGGGAUCAAGAAAACAGACCUACCCGAGGCCGAUAACCCUCGUCAUGUUGUCUUCGUUGACGUUGGCCAUUCUGAUUUGUCUGUUGCCGUUGUUGCCUUGUCGAAAGGUCAGCUCACAGUCAAGGCAACGGCUUACGACCGCAAUCUUGGCGGACGUGAUAUCGAUUAUGCCCUCGUCCGCCAUUUCGCCAAAGAAUUCAAGGAAAAGUACAAGAUCGACGUUCUCUCUAAUCCCAAGGCGGUCUUCCGUCUUUCAGCAAGCUGUGAGAAGCUGAAGAAGAUUCUCUCAGCCAACACCGAGGCACCUCUUAGUGUUGAGAAUAUCAUGAACGACAUUGAUGCGUCAUCUAAACUGACGCGUGAUGCCUACGAGACCCUUGUCGCGGACGUUCUCGACAGGAUAACUGCGCCUAUCAAAGCAGCGCUUGCGGACUCGGGUCUCUCCGUUGACCAAAUUGACGCAAUUGAACUUGUUGGAGGUUCGUCACGUAUUCCGGCUGUGCGACAACGCAUUCAGUCUGUCUUCCCUGGAAAACAAUUAUCCACUACUCUCAACCAGGAUGAAGCUAUUGCUCGAGGUGCUACGUUUGCUUGUGCCUCGCUUUCGCCUGUCUUCCGUGUCAAGGAGUUUUCAAUGGUGGAUGUUAGCUCAUAUGCGAUCAAGGUGCAAUGGGAGCGUGUACCAGAUGAAGAAGACAGCGAGCUUCUCGUUUUCCCCCGCGGAAACAGUAUCCCUUCCACCAAGAUUUUGACAUUCUAUCGCAAGGAGCCUUUCACCAUAGAAGCCUCAUAUGCUGAGCCUGAGGCUCUGCCCGGAAACGUCAAUCCUUGGAUCUCACGACUUACCGUCAAGCAGGUGGCACCACCGGACGCAAAGGGCGACAUUUCACCCAUAAAAGUCAAAGUCAAGUUGAACCAACACGGGCUCGUCUCAUUUGAGCAGGUCUACUAUGAGGAGAUCGAGGAAAGGGAGGAGAAGAUGGAUGUCGAUGGUGCAGAGGCUCCUAAGAAGAAGAGGAUUGUCCGCAAGAAGGACUUGGCAUUCGUCGUUGGGACGUCUUCACUCGACGCUAGCACUAUCAACUCGCUCAGGGAGCUGGAGAACCAGAUGCACGCCUCUGACAAGUUCGUCGCAGACACAUUGGAUCGCAAAAACGCAUUGGAGGAAUACAUCUACGAUAUGCGCAGCAAGCUUGAAGACCGUUACGCGGCUUACGCGCAACCUCAGGAGAAGGAGAGUCUUCUCACCCUUCUUUCAGAAUCCGAAGAUUGGCUGUACAGCGAUGAGGGCGAGGAUGCAUCCAAGUCAGCAUACGUUGAGCGUCUUGAUGCUGCAAAGAAAAUCGGGGAUAAGAUCACUGCUCGCUACCUCGAAACAGAAAACCGCGCAGCCGCGACUGCGCAAUUGCGCGAGGCGCUGAAUACUUACUACGCGCAGGCCACCUCGGAGGAAGAAAGGUUUGCACACAUUGAUCCGAGCGAAAAGCAGACUAUUGUGGAAAAGGUGGCCACCAUUCAGAAGUGGCUUGACGACCAACUGGCACGACAGGCAGAAAAGCCAAAGAAUGCUGACCCAGUUGUGACCUGCGGUGAUAUUCUGAAGAAGAAGGACGAACUCAUCUACUUUGCUUCGCCAAUCCUCAACAAGCCAAAACCGAAACCCAAAGUCGAGUCUACUCCGGGCAGUGGUGCGCAGACGCCUAAGACGGACCCAAACGCAGGCGAGCAGAAAGACAAGAAGGAGGAAAAGGCGAACGAUAAGGGACCGACUGAGAUGGACGUCGACUAAUUUCUGUAUCAUACGAGGAUUAUAAUUCCGUGCAGAUAUAGAAUAUGGGCAUGUUAGAACACUUCGACUGUAGAUGUACUGUAUGACGCGUUGCAGAAAUUCCGUGUAUUUUGCUUUCAAAAA